UCUUUAGUUCGUGUGUUGACCUCGGUUGCUGUGGUAACGGGUUGAGUCCGGAAGUGGCCCGGUGCAGCAACAGAACCAUCUCUAGAAACAUGGCUGUGCAGAGCUGGAGUGAUACCCUGAAAGCAUCCAAGAAAACAGCUCUGAUACACGAUGGGAAAAGGAAGAUACACUACCUCUUUAUAGAUGGAAAAGAAAUGGCAGAAGAGUACGACUUGGAAACAGAUGAGCUCAUUGUACGAAAGUGGCGGAAUAAAAGCACACUUGGAGCUCAGGGCCAAUGGCAGAUAGAGGUUGGGGAGCCCCUUGCGGGCCCUGUCCCUUCUUCGGAUUCGGAGGUGAUCAAGGAGAACUGCUCCAAUCCCGUGUUCUUGCGUACAGACAAAAAGACCAGCUUUCAGUGGAGAAUCCGUAACCUUCCCUACCCCAAAGAUGUCUUCGGUGUUACUGUUGAGCCAUCUGAGAGAUGCAUCGUCAUAAAAACCUCAAACAAAAAGUAUUUUAAGAAGUUCAGUAUUACUGAUUUAGAUCGCAGUCAGCUGCCAUUGGACAACGCCGCCCUCAGCUUCACACAUGCCAACAACACUUUAAUUGUCAGCUACAAGAAACCUAAGGAGAUCUUAACCAUGGAACAGGAGCUACUGAAGGAGCUGAAGAAGCUGAAGGGGACCGGCGAAGGGGACGUCGACUGCAAAACUCAGUGAAUUCCAACAGCAGGAGCGAGAGGGCGAUUCUGCGCCUGCAUUUAAAUCAGACUGCGUCAUUUUCCAGUCACAUGUGAGCCCUCGUUUCUUUUUCUUUUCGUGGAUCCCUUCGUUGAGAAGACCUUUGCAGAGUGCCUUGUCAAUUGUUUUGUUUUUACUAAUUGGGGUUCAUUUAUUAGAAUUGCUGGUGUGGAAAUUUGUCCAACCAUUUAUAUUUGAUACAGACAUAUUCAGUAAAAUAAAAACAAGUAUAUAUUACA